AUGAACUGUUCGGCCAUAUCGGCUACAACGAGAACACAAAACGGCCAACUUAGAACGAGGUAUAUGAGCAAAAAAGGUAGAUUGGUAAUCUCGUCAAUUUGCUUCAACAUGAUAGCUCGCGUUCUUUUCUCUCGAAGCGUGGAGAAUUUGAGGAUUAACUUGAGAAGCCGAUUUGUGGGAUUUACUGAUAAGUCCUCGAAGGAAAGGGAUUUGGGCGAAGUACGUUUCAAGGAAAGAGGUCUACGUCCACAUACUUUUGCACUUAAUAUCGUUGAUCUGAAGUGCGCCCCAAUGCCUGAAAGCACCCAGGGAGCUGUUGGGCAAAGCACCGCCUGUGAAAUCAUAUGGGUACAAGCCUCCGCCAGCGGGUGGAUGACUUAUGAUUGGCCUAUUUCGUCAUUUGGAAAAGACCAAUCAGAUGAAUUUGAUUAA